UACUUCUGCAACUGUCGCAGAUUUUACACCGAGAGUUCUCACUUUACCAUGAAAGGAGGCUAACAUACAUGAUGGGGCUAUGAAGGAAAACACGUUUUGAGGAGGUGAAAACGAAAAGUGCGCGCAGAAGGUCCGACAGUGUCAUCGGCGAUUUUUUUAAAUAUAUUUUUUCAUCAUCACAAAUAUCAUCCGAGUUCUCCAGGGGCAUGAAAAACUAAACCUUCUGUCUAUCAUUGGCAUCGCAGGAAGUUCAAUGUUUGUUGAGCACCGUAGUGGUGCUUGGAACACAGGUGAUGGCUGAGCACAGCAGUAGCCGUGCUUGGAGGGUCCAGCCUCUAGCCUCUCUCAGUGACAGGAUGAUUAUGACCGAGAGCACAACGGUUCUCUUGAAUCUGAGCUUCCCCGUAGAGUGGAAUCAGUCUGACUCUAGACCGGAGACACCUGACAAGGAGAAGAACUGGCCUGCUCUGCUCAUCUUAGUGGUCAUCUUCUUCACUGUGGCGGGCAACAUCCUGCUCAUCCUAGCUGUGUCUCUAGAGAGGAAGCUGCAGAAUGCCACCAGCUUCUUCCUGCGCUCCCUGGCUGUGGCAGACAUGCUCGUGGGUUUUCUCGUCAUGCCGGUCUCACUGAUCAACAUCCUCUAUGACUACGUGUGGCCAUUCCCCAGACCCCUCUGUCCCGUCUGGAUCUACCUAGACGUGCUGUUCUCCACAGCAUCCAUCAUGCACCUGUGUGCUAUCUCACUGGACCGCUAUGUGGGCAUCUGUAACCCAAUCCAACACAGCCGCUCCAACACCCUCUUCAAGGCCAAGGCUAAGAUCGCCCUCGUCUGGACCAUCUCCAUAGUGAUCUCCACUCCCAUCGCUGUGAUUGGCCUGUAUGAUGAGGGGAAGGUGUUUGUCAACGGGACCUGUGUACUGAACGAGCACAGCUUCGUCCUGGUGGGCUCUUUUGUAGCCUUCUUUGUCCCUCUGGUCAUCAUGGUGGUCAGCUACUAUUUGACUGUGCGUGUGCUGCAGCACCAAGCUUCUGAUUUCCUGCAUGGAGGCCAGGGUUCGAUCAACCAGUCGGUCUUACUCAGGAUCACCCCAAGGUCCCCUGCAGGGGACGGUCUCCGCCUCCUCAAACAGGACCCUGCCCCUGAGGCCUUGCCAGCUGUUGGUUCCUCCGAUGUUUCCGUCUCUCAAGCCUCCCUUCAACCCAUCUCUCCAGCAGGGAGACUGGAGCCAGGGGGAGCUGGUGGGAGACCUGGCAUGGCUCAAUCAAUAAAAAAUGAGAGGAGAGCUUCCAUGGUCCUGGGUGUGGUGUUUUUCCUCUUCCUGAUUAUGUGGUGUCCAUUCUUCAUCACCAACGUGCUGAGUGUGUUGUGUGAGGACUCGAUAAUAAGCUUGUGCAAUAAGCCUGUGUUGGCAGUGCUCCUAAAGGUCUUUGUUUGGGUGGGAUAUGUCUCCUCUGGUGUCAACCCACUGGUCUACACUCUAUUCAACAGGACCUACAGACAGGCCUUCCACCGCUACCUACAGUGUAUCUACCAUAGCACGCCAGCCAACCCUACCGUUCCUGGUUAUACCGUCACACCUAUUCUCUGCAGUAAAGAUGCCAACGACUGUAGCUGUAACAGCCACAAUGGGCAUAAAGGGGACAUGAAAGGAAGAAUGGGGUUGGAGAGAGAGGGUACAGGGUCUGGGAUGUUGGCCAGCGUCUGUCCCACCCCCACUGAGGAUGUCAGCUGUGUCUGAACUGGCUGGCCUCCUGUCUUUCCCCUCCAGGCUCUCUCUACAUACAAAACAUUGUUGUGACACAGCCAUAGGGCGGCGCACAAUUGGCCCAGCGUCGUCCGGGUUUGGCCGG